AUGAUUCUCCGCGCUCUGUCCUCCAUCCAUUCUCUUGGAUUCACCCACUGCGACAUUAAACCCGACAAUGUCCUGGUUUUUUACGCGAAAAACAAAAAGAUCGCGGAUUUCGGGCUGGCGACGGAGACCUCGAAAUUGAGUCCCAGGAGCAAGAGAUUCACAGGUUUAGUUUCUAAUAUUUCUCACACACACAUUAUUAUUAGCUAUACACUGAUACAUUUAUACAGAUUGAAGAAUAACAAAUUAACAGAGUGGUAG